GUAACAGGAGACUUUAUACUCUGAACCUCUAUACCAAAAUGGACACCGUGUUGAGAGUGCUGUAUAUCUGCCUUGCCUCUGGUCUGAUUUUCACCACUCUUGGAGAAGGUGCAGUACCCACAGCAUGCUGUAUGAAAUAUAGCAAAGGGGUUGCCCGACUGAAAAACAUCACAGAAUACCACCGGCAGAAUGCUGUGCUGUGCCCAAUGGAAGCUGUUGUGAUCACAACAGUGAAAAACAUCAAACUGUGUAUGGACCCAAAUGCAUCCUGGGUGAAGAGAGCCAUAAAAUACAUCGACUCUCAGAAGCAAAGGAGCACAACAGUGACUACACAGUCAUCUUAUGUAACAGAUCCAACUCAGAGUGGGACAGCAACACCAUAGGACCAGGAUGGAGAAGACAUGAACUGAUUCUGUCAAUAUAUUGCAGAUAUUCCACAUGUUGUAGUUUUACAAUGUAAUGCAAAGCAUUGCAUUUCAUGAUGUGAAAGAAUUAUACUAUUUAACACAGCAUAUAUGUUUCAUUUUUUUGGGUUUGCUAUUAUGUUAAGUCUGUUAGAAUGCUAUACAAUGACUCUAUAGCAUAAGGGAAUACAUCAAAUACCCACAACAUGACGUUCAAAUUAUCAGAUUCGAAACACAUCAAAUGUGCCUCUCAAAGAAUACGAGGGAGUCAUAAUGUAUUAUGUUCUUGGAGAACACUAGUGUUUGGUGUAUUGUACCAAAAAAUGGCACUUUAUACAUGUCCGCUUUUUUAUAUUUGUGGUGUAAUUCAGUUGAGAGUCUAUAUUUAUU